CUAAUCUCCCUUGCUGUAUAUUUAUCCCCUCGUCCCGUUCCGCUCGCGGUCUCAACCCGUCUCCCGUUUACCCACUCUAUCAUCAUGACUUCCACGACAGUUACCACCUCCCCACUUGUGCAGACGAAAUCAUUUCGACUGACAAGACCCAGUAUUGUCGGUCCAGACAGCCCAGAGCCUCCAUUUCCGAUCCAGCUGUCUGGCCCUGUACAACGCGGUUUCGGGCGCGGUGGUAAGGAUCUCGGCUGUCCAACAGCUAACUUGCCCGAUGAAUCUCUUCCCGCCAUGAGCACCGUCACGAAAACGGGAGUUUACUACGGUUUUGCUCAGAUUACCCCGCGCGCCAACGCAGACCACGCCCUUUCCAAGGAGGAGACGAGCGUUCUCCCCAUGGUCAUGAGCCUCGGAUGGAACCCUUUCUACAAGAAUGAGCGGAUGACAGCUGAAAUCCACAUACUGCACGAGUUCAAGUCAGAUUUCUAUGGAUACGACAUGAAAGCUCUCGUUCUCGGAUAUAUUCGUCCGGAGCUGGACUACACCUCCCGAGAGGCCCUCGUAGACGACAUUAAUAUGGAUAAACAAGUUGCCCUCAACUCGCUCGAUCGUCCGGCUUAUCAGACAUACACCUCAGACCCAUUUUUUGCCUCCAAUACCCCGCCUCAGUAAAGCAACAGCCUCGGCGAGAGGAUUGCGGAUAUAAGCUUUAUGCCUUAGAAUUUAGAAGUACUUUGAAGGGAAGUUCCGGUGGGUCUGGGGUCAUUUGCAGUAUACAUUAAAGAGUCACUUGAUUUUGCAACGACACACAUUGGAAAUCUAAUCUGUUGGAAUGCCGAAUGAAUUGU